AUGGUCGUCGACGAUAAGUUCUUUAAAGAGAUGCUCUUAAAACGUCUGCCGACGUCGGUACAAGCAAUCUUGGCCUCUGGCUCCGACGACCUAGACAUAUCAAAGCUAGCGGAGAUGGCCGACCGUCUGAUGGAGGUUGAGCGUUUGUCCUCCCCGACGAUUGCUCCGGUUUCCCAGCCUCUCACCGUGUCCACCUCUGACCUGGCUGAACUUAAGACACAGAUUGCUCAAUUGUCAGCGACCGUUGACGCUUUGGAGCUGCGCCCAUUCCCCGGUCCCUCUCGACGUUCCUUCGGCCGUGACCGUCGUCGUUCCCGCCCUUGCCCCAGGACCGCAAACCUAGGUUGGUAUCAUGUCAACUAUGGCGAUAAGGCGCAGCGCUGUGUCCCACCCUGUGACCCUAGCUAG